UUGCGCUCUGCAUUCCAAUUUCACCUUUUGCCUUCUACAUCUUCCUGUUGGCUUUAUAGCUAUGGAUUCAAGCGCAUCUGAAGACGACGACAAUUGCCUCUCCUGUAGGAUCUGCCGGUUCCAGGGCGGCCUUGACCUUCCCACUCCCACGAUCUCUGACCUUGAAGAUCUGCGCUCUCAAUCACAAGCUCUGUCAAUCAGCAUUUUCAGACACUGGAUUCUCCUCAACAAGAUACUCAAGCGCUUUGAAGGACAGAUCCAGAAGCGAUGGAUCAAGCGCAACAACAGCCAGAGACUAUCAGUCCUUCUACAAGCCUGGCCACACAUGUCAGCCACUCACCGUCCGGAAUUUGCAACUUUGCGCAAGAUCGGUGUAAACAACAACAAGCGACGCCCCAAUCAAGCCAAGGAGAAGGAGGCCUAUCUCUGGCCCUACGUCAACCAAGAGGACCUGGUGCAGACCCACAAUCUCCUCAUCUUCCUCAAUUCUCGUGGACGCCACCAUCCGGACAAGUUCGUCUUUGGUGAUCAGCAGCAAGCAAACACCAACAAACCUUCUGGCAUGAGCGACGUCGACAAGUACAAGAUGUGCCUUCAUGGGCAGCGAUCUCCUAAAACCUAUGGCUCGCUCGUACUUCGUGACACCGGAGACAAAGUUCAGCGAGAAUUGAGAAUGGAGCCUGUUGCGGGUCUUCAGGUGCUCGAGGUGCAAGAUCGAAACCUCGACUUCCUCGUCAAGUGCUGUCGACUCAUCCUGCAUGAUAUGGAUUUGGACAAUCUGGACCUCGUCGACACCAAGCCCGCUCCGCCUCAAAUCAAGUCCACGCUUCCCGUUCAUACCGUCACCGCCAUGGCCCAGAUUGCACCAUACCGUCUGCCGCAGAGGCUCGACAUGAAGCGACUGAGACUGCUUAUCUCAGCAAGACGAGAGGAAGCUGAAGAACACGUCUGGGCUUUACGCGAGGAUCCCGGUUACUUCGCGCAGAACAUGAGAGAAUGGUCAGAACAUUCCCCUUUCAUGAUUCCCGACAAGAACAAGAGACCUCAUGAAAUGGUCGGUGAGCCAGCAUUCUGGGACAAAAUUGCUACAAGCAUGAUCUUUCACGCGUACAGCAGCCUGAUCCUGUUCGCCACGGCUGAUGAAGCUGUGACAUUGGCACAAGAGAAGCUCGACAGUUGCCUCCACAAGCUUGAAUCCUCUUCUAGCCUACCGGUCGAAGUUGAGAAAGUGUUCCAGAGACUUGAUUAUAUUGUUCAAGUUCUGGCUGAUGAGCCUUUGGGCGACUUGAUGCUCGGCUUCCCUGCGUCUCCACCUAUGCGCUAUGGUUAUGAGCGUGCAUCAUCUGAUCUGAGUCCCUCGUUCAAUACACUGAAGAUUAAGAUGGGUAGGCUGAGCGCAGCAUGGAGAGUUCAAGUUCUAUUUCGAACCUUAUUGAGCCCCGAGCAGCAGAAGAAACAUGGAUUGAACAACACUGUUGAGGAGAUUCAGAGAAUGUUGGAUGAACACAGCAGAGACAGCGACCUGAUCUCCAGUUGGGUGGCCAGCCGAUUCUCUGAUUUGGCCUUGAUGUCAGAACUUAGACGCCAACUUGGCCUGUUCCAGCCAUGGUGCACCGCUUGGCGAAGCAAGUGUCUCAUCGAAGAUGAUGCUCCAUUCUUCUUCAGCAUGGUCGAAUGCGUUCAUGACUUCACUUCAUGUGCUGUUCUUGACGCUGCUGAUCCCGCGAACUUCGCCUAUCCGUCUGACAAACGCAGAACUCGCGAGACAGUCACUCAAAUGCGACAAGCCGAGAAGCGACUGGACAAGUUCUGGGCUACUGUUGACAACCAUUGCGAGGCACACACUUCAUACUCGGUGCUCUAUCUCCUCAUGGACUUUUUCAGUGACUGGAACCGAAAGAUCCACAGAACCAAGGCUUGGGUUGAGCCAAAGGAAACUGCUGGCUGCAAGCCCAUUCAGCAGCACAACGAGAAAGACGAUGAAACUGGACUACCUCUGCAUGUUUUCAACCCCAACGCAUGUUGUUCUCACCCCAAGAAGAGCGAACUGCUGGGAAGCAUCACGCCGCAGAAAGCAAAGGCCAAGACCAGACCUGAUGGUUCUGUAGCCUUACCUCAGCAAGAAUCACGCAGAGAUUCUGCCACCAGUGUGGAAGAAAAGGAGAACAUUGAGGUGAAGAAGCUCAAGGUCAACAAACGCGCUUUCAAAGUCUUCGCCACGAUGUUCCACGUACCUUCUUCCAACGAACAGCAGAACACCGGGGAGGUGGCCUGGUCUGAGUUCUUGUACGCAAUGAAGAUGAUCGGAUUCUCUGUUGAGAAGCUGUAUGGAUCUAGCUGGCAGUUCACGCCUGAUACCAUUGAAGCCUCGAGAAGUAUUCAGUUCCACGAGCCACACCCACGCGCCAAGAUGUGGUACUGGCUCUCGAAGGAAUACGGUAGACGUCUGCAUAGAGCUUAUGGCUGGACUGGAGAGACGUUUGACCUGCAGUAAGAGUUCUCGUUGUGUAAAGUUGAAGUCAGCACUUGUUACGAAUGACGAUAGCUAUGAAACAUGGAAAAGGUGGAUAGACGGCAUAUUGUAGAAGGCUGUGGACCACGUCAAGGAGGUGGCUCAAGCAUGGAAGCUGAUGAAGAUUACGGAUAGCUUGUGCUCGGCGAGGUCGGAUUUGACGGUGAUUGGCCAAGCAGAUGAUCAAGCACAGGAGUGUUCGUAGUCGUCGACAAGGUAUACAAGUACAAGGCAGCAGUUAAGAAGC